CACGCGAGGCCGCCUCAGAAUACACCUUCACUUUCCCACCACCAUUUGCGCCGAUUUCAACCCUCGGCGCGCCUCACCCCUGAACUACUUGCCGUCGCCCGAGCGCCGCCAUUUUUACGACAUCCCUACCGGUCCUUGCGCGCGAGGACGAGCCUUCCGACGCGACGCUCCCAGCCACCGAGCCGAGACCCUGCCCUGCCAUGACCGCGACUGCCUGAAGCCUGGAACCGAGUCCAAAAGCGCCCGAGCGGCCCAGACCGGGCGGACAUCGAUGCGAGGCCCGUCGGGAGCGAGCUCGUCGGAGCGAUACGCUGUUUGAGCCGACGGCUUCUACCCGCCGCUCGGUGAUUGCAGGCCGCCUCGAGGAGUCAUCGCAGCGCCACGGCCGCGGACAACGCAAAUCGCCAGCACCAUGGGUGACGCCGGCGGUGAGCGGCAUCCGCUGCUCGAUGCCGACGAUGGCCUCCCCCCCAUCAGCGACGGUCCCGUCUACGAGUACUUUAUCGUUAAGCAGGAGGUGAAUCUGGACGUCAACUUUCGCGACCGCCGCAUCGAUGGCACCGCGGAUAUUUACGUCGUCACUUUCAGUGAAAAGGUCGAAGAGGUGGUCAUCGACGCCGCGCAUUGCGAGAUCGACACGGAAAACAUCACCGUCACCGAGAUUCGCGAGUCACAAGGCGAGGCGGUUGAGGGCCAGCAGCGCAAGGCCGCCACGGAUUACGUCGACCCGUACAAGAGGCUCUCGCACCCAGAGCACUGGAACUGGAGGGCCGAGCACCACGACCUGCGCCGCAUGCGCGCCCGCGAAAUCUUCCACACCCGCAAGUCGGACGUUGCCGCCGAGACUAGAGAGCUCGUGGGGUGCACGCCGGUGUACGGGUCGCUCAAGGUGUCACUCCGGGGCAAGGGCGAGCAAGAGCGGCCGAGACUCAUAAUUCGCAAGUCCAUGUCGAACCUGGACGGAACGGAGAGGGUCCACAAGCAAUUCAAGAUCCAUGUGCCCUUCUACAACAAGGAUCCCCGCGACGGCUUGCACUUUGUUGGCGUUGACCAACUCGACAGCCGCUUCACACACAUGUAUACGAGGCACUCGAUCCAGCCAGGGACGGCCUCGUGCAUGUUCCCCUGCGUCGACGACCAUGGCGCACGUUGCGACUGGCGGAUAUCGCUCAAAUUUCCAAAAACGCUCGGCGACGCCCUCCAGCAGGCGCUGCUCACGCAAAGGGAUACGGCGGUGAAUGGCGCGCAUGACAAGGCGCACGUCGGCGGCGAGGACCUCAAGCUAGCCGAAGAGGACAAACUGCGAGAGAUGACGGCGGUGUGCUCCGGCUUCCUUAUGGAGGAGUCUGUGGACCCAAAGGACGACCGGAAGAAGAUCAUGGUCUUCGAGCCGGAGAAGAAAGUGUCGGUGCAGAAGCUCGGCUUCGCCAUCGGCCCCUUUGAGCACAUCGACUUGUCUUCAGAGUUUCGAAGCGAGGAAAACGAAGUCAAGUUGGGCAUGAGCGCGCUGAAGAUCCAUGCCUACUGCCUGCCGGGCCGCGGCGACUGGGUACGGCACACGGCUGCGCCCCUUACGAAUGCUGCCGAUUUCUACACUUACACCUUUGCAAAAUACCCAUUUGAAAACUUCAAGAUUUGUUUCUUAGACGACAUGGACUCGGACACGGUGGCGCUGCACUCGCUGGCGUUUGUCAGCAAUCGGCUGCUCUUCCCAGACGACAUCAUGGACACCGAAGUCGACGUAACGCGGACCAUUGUCUUCACGUUGGCGUAUCAGUGGAUCGGCAUCAACAUGAUUCCAAACACGCGCAACGACCUCUGGCUCGUCCUCGGAGUCGCGCACUAUAUGACGGAGCUCUUCAUGAAGAAGAUUUGCGGCAACAACGAGCAUAGGUUCCGGAUGAAGACCCUAUCGGACAAGCUGAUAGAGAUUGACGUUGGCCGCCCCUCGCUGUGGGAUCUCGGGCCUGUCUUGCACCUGAACGAGGCGGAGAUGGAUUUCAUGGCGAUGAAGGCCACGGUCGUCUUCUUCAUCCUGGACAAGCGCAUGCUCAAGGCGUCGAGCGGAUUCGGCCUCACGAGAACGCUGCAAAAGUUUCUCACCAAGGCGCAGGUCGAGAGCAGCGACAAAUCCACGAUCCUCGACACGGAAAAAUUCAGGUUCACGUGCCAGAAAGGAUCCAAGUACAGCCUGGAAACGUUUUGGAACCAAUGGGUCUACUCUGCGGGAUGCCCUCGCUUCGACGUCAAAGCCAAAUUCAACAAGAAGCGCCUCUGUGUAGAGCUCACCUUGAGCCAGAUCCAGUAUCAGGUCGCGAAGCAGCCGCAGCUCGACAAGGACGAUUUCCUGCGCAUCAUCAAGGAAACCAGGAGCGGCAUCAAGAAUGGAGAAAUGCAGCCGCUGUUCACGGGGCCCAUGACGAUCCGCAUCCACGAGGCGGACGGUACGCCGUACGAUCACAUGGUCGAGAUUCGCGAAGACGGCUCUCGCACGACCAAGUUUGAGAUCCCUUACAACACAAAAUACAAGCGACUGAAGCGAACGCGGCGACUGAAGGAGAAGAACACGGGUGCCAACGCAGACGCUGCCGAGAACGCCGACGACGCGCUACUCUACUGUCUGGGCGACGUGCUCCAGAGUGCGGACGACCAACGGGACUGGGAACUUAUAGAUUGGGACCCCGAGACCGAACGCAAGAUGGACCAGGAGUCGUACGAGUGGAUACGCAUCGACGCCGACUUUGAGUGGGCAUGCAGCAUGAAGCACACGCUCGAGCCUUACAUGUACGUGUCGCAGCUGCAGCAGGACCGGGAUGUGGUGGCCCAACAGGAUGCAAUCCUGUACUUGGCUCGAGGACCGCUGCACCCAAUCGCCUCUGGCUUUCUUGUACGCACGCUCGUUGAUCGGCGCUACUUUCACGGCAUCCGCACGAUGGCUGCUGAGGCCCUACCCCGCCAAGCCAACAUCAAAGACAUCCCCAUGUUGGGUUUGCGUCAGCUCAUGAGGGCCUUCCGCGAGAUGUUUUGCUUCGAGCAGACGAACCAGCCGUACCCAAACGAUUUUUCGGACAAGAAGCAGUACAAUGUUCGCUGCGCCAUCAUCAAGGCCAUCGCGCAGGUGAGGGAUUAUACUCAUCGAUGCCCGCUGGAGGCGAGGCGCUUCAUUCUUGACCAACUGCGCUACAACAACAACGAAGGGAAUCCAUUUUCCGACCACUUUUACAUUGCCAUGCUUGUGAAGGCUCUGGCGACAUCGCUCAUACCAUCGCAGCAGGACGACUGGAUCACGCGCCAGAAUAAGGCUCCGAGCGAUGAGGAACGCCAGUUCCUGGAGGAAGCCCUGGAGCAGAUUGAGCGAAUUCUGCGACGCGAUGAGUGGACCAACUCAUACCAGAAUGUCUGGACCAUCGCAGGCCUGGACGCGAAGCAGCGUCUGAUGAAGGCAGAAGUGAUCCCCAAACACUACCCUGACUUUGCCCAGUAUCUGCUGGACGGGACCUUGGACCUUAUCCGCGUCAAGGCUUUCGACGCUCUGGUAGACCUCGGGGCUUUGAUGGACCCUUCCUUUUUCACAUUCUUUCUCUACUGUCUGACGACGGACCGGUCGCCGUAUGUCCGGAAGAUGCUCAUUCAGUCCAUGGCGCGUGGCCUUGCGGCAAUUGCAUUUGGAGAGCAUUCGCGGGUCGUUAAGGACGAACCCGCUGCGGACGACGCCGACCCCCUGUUGCUGAUUCAAGACAGCGCAGAGGAGGUCGAGGCGCGAAAGCAAAUGUUUGCACGCAGGGAGAAUAUCGAAGCGGCGCUCAAGGCGCUCAGAAAGGAAAUGGAGGAGACGUACGCCAAAGAUGAUAGGCACUUCAGCACGGCCAUGCGUAAGGCGUUGGAUCAUCCUGCUCUUGGUCGUGAGGAGGUAGAAAGCCUGCUGGACCUGGCGGCGAUGAUGUUCGAGGAGGCCCGCAGCUGGAUUCUGACCUUGACUUUGCCUAAGGCUUGGAGGGUCGAGCGACCGGCUCAGAAGUUUUCUGAUCGGUUGCUCAUGCACUUCAAGUCUUAUUACAGGACCAAGCCAAAGGGCGCUAUCACGCCGCCGCCAGCAGCACCGUCUCCGGCCCCCGAGGUGAAGAAAGCGGCGCCGCUGGCCAGAACAUCGUCGAUUAAGAUCCACACCAAGGCCGCGACACCGCAUCGGCCCUCCGUAUCACUGCCCCAGGCCACCGAGGCGACCCCCGGCGCACUCGGGACUAAUGGCGUAGGCGCCGCCGCCGGAUCAGGCGAUGCUUCCAGCAUUCCUUCGGCCAAGCGAGCCCGGGUGGAUAAGGAGAGCAGCGGCUCCCCCGCGCCGAAGCGCCCCAAGACUGAGUCGCAGCCAUCCAGCUUUGACGGCGAGAAGCCAUGGAAGAAGAGGCGCAUGAUCACCCUUAAGACGGGGGAUCCCAGCCGGCUCGCUGUUCUUUUGGGCCAACAACCGAGCGCACCGGCUAAUGGCAGGACGGCCUUACCAACCAAGGCGCCAAAGGAAUCUUCUCCGGCGAGUUCCAAAGACAGCAUCACGGCCAAGCCAGCUAGGAAACCUCUUCCUUCGGGCGGCGACGGCACUAGACGUCCUCUACCCAACGGAAGCGGCUCGGCAAUGUCGCCGCCGUCGACACAGUCAACGCCCAAGGUCUCGCUCAACACGAAUGUUAGCUCAGCCUCGUCUUCGAAGGCCGGCAGCCCUCCCACAGCCACGCCCGUCAGUGCCAAGCCCAAAAUCAAGAUCAUCCGGAAACCUUCCGCUCCUCAGGCCCAACCGAGCCCACGGCCGGAGUCUUAGAAGGCGAGAGCGGGAUGUGGGAACGCGGAGCUUGACGAGGACGUGGCUUUGCCGAAGCCAGAGUCAGGCGACGGACUUCACGAUUCGCCGUCUCCGUUCGUUGAAGACCAGAGCGUUUAUGACUCGAAAGCAGAAGGGCAGGCACCCGUCACCCGUGAGUUGUGAAAAAGGAAAAAGCAAAUGUCUGCCCAUAGCCAGUGAAGAUGAGCAAGGAGGGCUAUUUUUUGGUCUCGAGAGG